CUAGGUCAAGCUGGAGUAGGAGCAGUCUGUCACUGCUGUUAAACACGUGCUGUGGAACACCGCUGACUCACGAAAAAAGACCGCGGUAAUGAGUGAAGUGCCUUAAGUAAUCAUCCGAGAAUGGUAGAAGACAAAGACGCUAACCUGGUGAACGGAAGGGUGGAAGUUAUCGCUCCUAGGAGCGUUCAGCAGAAUGGGACGCCGAAGAAGGAGGUUGCCACCGCUGAGGAGGCCUUUACGCCUCCGGACGGCGGCACCAGGGCCUGGCUAGUCAUGUUGGCAUCGUUUUUUUGCAAUGGCAUCUUGUUUGGAGUCAUCAACUCUUACAGUGUGAUUUACAAAGAAUUUCACGCGAUUAUGGUGGAGCAAAAUAUCACAAAUGCUGCAGGAAAAUCAGCUUUGGUCGGUUCACUGGCAAUGGGAACAACAUUCCUGGUGUCUCCCGUAUCUGGAGUACUAACAGACUGCAUAGGCAUACGAAUGACAACCUUCCUGGGCGGUCUCAUAGCCUCGAGCGGCAUGUUCCUCUCUUCCUUUUGCGUGGACAACGUCACGCCACUCAGCUUCACCUACGGCGUGAUGUACGGAUUGGGGGGCGCUCUGGCGUACACGCCCUCGCUGGCCGUGCUGGGGCACUACUUCAAGAGAUAUUUGGGCUUCGUGAACGGCCUAGUCACCGCUGGAAGCUCGGCCUUCACGAUAGCAAUGCCGUACUUCAUCGACGCUUGCAUUCAACGCUUCCAGAUCGAGUGGACCUUAAGGAUUUUGGCUAUGCUAUCGGGGAUGAUAAUGUUAUUCGCGUUUUUGUUUAAGCCCAUUAAGAAGAAUGUUAAAGUUAAAAAGGUGGCAUUAUCGGAUAUUUUUAACGUUUCUGUUAUAAAGAAUUUAAAAUUCGUAAUUUGGACUACUGUGAUAGCUAUUUCUUUAUUCGGUUACUUUGUGCCUUAUGUAUAUAUUAACGAUUUUGUGGAGAAAAACUUUGAUAAGGACAACGAUGCAAAGUUACCAGUACUCUGUAUUGGUAUAACUUCGGGAGUUGGUAGACUAAUAUUCGGAUACAUUGCAGACAGACCAAGAGUAAACCGCAUAUUCCUGCAACAAAUAUCAUUCCUCAGCAUAGGAAUACUAACGAUCCUUUUGCCAUUCUCAUCCCAUAAUUUUUCGGCCUUAUUGGCGAUCGUCCUGGGCAUGGGUCUCUUCGAUGGUUGCUUCAUAUCGCUCCUCGGUCCGAUCGCGUUCGACAUAUGCGGCAAAGACGGGGCUACUCAAGCAAUAGGAUUUUUGCUGGGCGUGUGUGCUCUACCUCUCACCAUAGGACCCUACGUCGCCGGAAAUAUGCUGGAUAAUAAAUACUCGUUCACGGUGAUAUUUAUUUUGGCUGGUAUCCCGCCAACAAUAGGAUCGGUAGCCAUGUUCCUAAUUCAAUGUGUUAAACAGAAAAAACAAAACGUUUUUCCGAUGGGAACUCGGGAAACGCAAGAAGGACUUAUUACAGGGCAUCAGCAGCAACUGCCGGCGGACAGGCGAUUAUGAUUAAAGUCUAAAUAAAUAAAUUUUAUUGUGUAGUUUUGCUUUUACUUAUUCUGCUAGCUAAUGCCAAUCCUAUGUAAAUCAAAAGGUUAUUUUGCAGUAAACGUAAUGCAUAAAUUUACUGACUUAAUUUUUUGUGGAUUUAUUACAUUGUCUAUUGUAAAAUAUCAGUUGUUUAAGAUUUUGUACUUGUGAAUUAAUUGCAUUUAUUUUAUAAUUUUAUAUUUCACGAUUAGUUUUUAGACAACGUCAAUUAUUUAUUUGUAAGACAAUAAAUAUGUUUAAGACUAAAACAAAAAACUAUAGAUUUGUUUAAAUUAUUCUAGUUGUAAGUGUUACAUUAAUAUGUUAAGAGUUUAACAAAAGAUAGAUAAUUCACAUAUCAAUCAAAUUUAAAUUUAUACCAUCGAUUUUGAUAAUAAAAUAUUAAAAAU